GCUUCACGUCCUCUCUGCUCCCUCUGACACGUAUACGACAUGGCCGAUCAGGAUGAGACGGCAAAGCUUUGGAAGGUCAACCGCACGAUUCACGAACUGGUCCGGGACAGAGGCUUCCAAGUCUCGGAUGACGAAAUCCACAUGGACCUCGCUACUUUCCGAUCGCUCUAUGCGAAUCAAAUGGGCUCGGUAGACCGGAGUCAGCUGAACUUCUUCACAAAUCACCAGAAUAACCCGAUGGAACAAAUCUUCACCUUUUUCUCGGAUGAGAAGAGUGUUGGUGUGAAGACAAUGCGAAAAAUUCUCAAUAUUUUGGAGGAAAAGAAUAUCCAACGAGGUAUCAUCGUGUUUCCCGGAAUUAUGACACCAUCUGCGCGGAAGGUUAUCGUGGCUAUGGCGUCGCAAUACAAGCUCGAGGAAUUCUCAGAAGCCGACCUCCUGGUCAACAUUACACACCACACACUAGUUCCCAGACAUGACGUUCUCACCCCUGAGCAGAAGAAAAAUCUGCUAGAGAAAUACCGGUUAAAGGAGACUCAGCUACCCCGCAUCCAGCUGGCGGAUCCGGUGGCGCGUUAUUACGGCUUGAGACGUGGACAAGUCGUCAAAAUUACACGACCAAGUGAAACCAGCGGUCGUUACGCCAGUUACCGUAUCUGCUUCUAACUCUGUGUAGCUCGCUAUGGUCUCGCACACUCAUCUCCGUCCGCCGGAUCAUAAAUUGGGAGCUCUCUUCUAAUUUUGUCAAUCCUUGUAUCACGUCACUCUUUUCGUCCUCUGCAUCGUGUAUACU